AUGGCACCCAGCAGCAAAACUAAUAAUAAAGAUAAAGAAUCUAACAGUGGAAAUACUAAUACCAAAGACUCCUCAGAUUCACAAAAAAAAACAAACAACAAUAAUAAUCACAAUAAUUCAUCUUCGAACAGAUUAACUCAAGCACAGCAACAAUACUUGAAAGACUUGGUUAAAGAACAUGUAACUAACAAUUAUGAUCCCAAAAAUAAAGCAGCUCCACAUCCACUUGAUUUCGAAAAAAGUGAUGAUAAAUUUCUACGUAAAUAUAAAGAUCAUUUUGAUUUAAGUCUACAAGAUAAUAUGACACUAAAUGGUUUUAUGCUGAAUACUAAGUUGGGUGCCAAAACAGAAUCAUGGAAGAAAAUACAUGGUAAUACAAAUAGUCCCGUUAGAAUAGAAAAGGCAAAAUUAGCAAAUGAAGUCAAAAAACAUUUUACUAGCUAUAAUCUAAAGGAGAGCGAAUGUAUACCUACAUUCAUAUAUAAAGUGAGAAAUAAUGGGAAAAAGUUCAAGAUGGAGUUUUAA